UUGUUUGUAACAUUAGAUGAUGCACCGUGUGGGUCAUCACUGGGUAACUAAUGCCUGUGUCUCAUUGGGUUGGGCCCUGUACAAGGUGGUGGAGCUGCCUGUGUUGCUAGAAAAGCACUCCCAGGUGUGGAUAUAGAGCAUUUGCCGCUGAUCCGGGCUUCUGGAAUCUUCCUCUUUAGACGGGAAGCAUUUUAAUGUUAAUCAGAAAUACCUCCAGAGGAUUCAGGAAGCUGUGGAUGUGAAGAAAGCCUGUGAGGGACCAGCAUGGGAAUCCUAUACUCUGAGCCCAUCUGCCAGGCAGCCUAUCAGAAUGACUUCGGCCAGGUGUGGCGGUGGGUGAGGGAGGACAGCCACUACAUCAACGUCCAGGACGGCUUCAAUGGAGACACGCCCCUGAUCUGCGCCUGCCGGCGGGGCCACCUCAGAAUCGUUUCCUUCCUUUUAAACAGAAAUGCCGAUGUGAACCUGAAAAACCAGAAAGAGAGAACCUGCUUGCAUUAUGCUGUGAAGAAAAAAUUUACCUUCUUUGAUUAUCUCCUCAUCAUCCUCUUAAUGCCCGUUCUGCUUAUUGGUUACUUCCUCAUGGUGUCAAAGACAAAGCAGAAUGAGACCCUUGUCCGAAUGCUACUCGAUGCUGGCGUGGAUGUUAAUGCUGCAGACCGUUAUGGCUGCACUGCCUUACAUUAUGCCUGCGAAAUGAAAAACCAGAAUCUUAUCCCUCUGCUCCUUAAAGCCCAUGCCGACCCCACAAAAAGAAACAAGGAUGGUGAGAGUUCCCUGGAUAUUGCACGAAGAUUAAAAUUUUCUCAGAUUGAAUUAAUGCUAAGAAAAGCCUCAUAAUGCCUGUGGCCUCAGAUGGAGAAGUAGAAAAAGUUAAAGGACUAGAUUCUGUCUGCAUCUUGGACUAUUGGUCUGUGGGCCACCCAAUCUGGGUACUGCCAUUUUGUGGGGUCAGUGAUGGUUGCCAAGGAUGAUGUUUUUGAAGACAUUUGUAGUCAUGUCCUCGCUCAAUGGACUUCACCAUGGCCCUAAAUCUAGAGGACACACUAAACCUGUUGAAAUUUCUACUUCGGUCAAAAGGGUGAUGCUUUGAAUUUAGUCUCUCCUGAAGAAGAGGAUCAGUUAUCUCAGACAGUGAUCUCCUCUUUGCUGUGUGCUCUUAGAAGAGGCUGUCCCGUCUAUAUCACACCCCAGGAGACACUCUUCCUCUCAGGCCCCUGUAAGUGGUAAGAUGAAGAAUGCUAGUAUGUACAUUUGUAUAGAAUGGUAUGUCUAUGUGUGUGGUUUGUGAUUCACAUGUAAAUGUUCCUUUGGCAAAACAACUGUGACCAAAACAUUUGUCAGUUGUCAGUGGUGGCAGUUUUACACAUAACUGUAAUUGGCAAAUGCUAAACCCAAGGCUUUUCUUUUUUUCCUGGAGAAUCACUUCACCAGCACAUUGCUAAACAAUUUGCCGUCAGUUUACA